UCUAAAGAAAGUUCAUCAUCGGUUAUAUAUUUCGCCAGCUAGAAUACUUUCAGUAGGAUUCGCUUAGUUUUGAAUCGAAGUCGAACAUAAAUGAAGGCAUCCAUUUGGAAAAUCGGAUCAGCACUGCUGAGACCGACAAUUUUUAGCACUUAUCGUUCUUUUGCAGCAAAAGCAAAGAAGGGUGGUGGCAAAGGAGGUGGCGCGGCAGCCCCUGCAGCACCCACAAUCAGCAAAGAAGUCAAAGCCACCACAGUGUAUGGAGCCAACAUUCUCAAAGAUGGUGUUGAUCCUCCAAUUAAGCCCGACAGUGAAUAUCCAGAUUGGCUGUGGCAUCUUCUGGACAAGCACCCCCCUCUUAGCGAGCUUCAACGAAAAAACCCAAGUACUAUGACAUUGGUAGAGCUUCAGAGAUUUGUUAAGCUGGAUAAUAGGAGGAGGAUCAAGGAGAAUAAUGCACUGAGGGCUAAGCAUUGAAGACCCUUUUCUUUCAGAUUGUGGAUCUGCUGUGAGUGAAGUUAAGGAUGACCCUUAUGCGAUUGUCAAGAUGGCAAAUUGUGCAAAUGAUUCUGAACAAUCAUCGUGAAGCUGUAAAAUGUAGUUGUCAUGGAACACAAGAAAUAUGUAGAAAAUCAGCAGAUUUUUGAUAAACAGUGAUUACUAUUUUAUUGAUUACUAUUUGAUAAGCAGAUUUUUGAUAAACAGUGUCAUUCUUAUUAGUUAUCAAAGGAGAAUUAUUGUUGGGGUUGUUCGCUUUUAAUGGUUUGUUAUUUUUCCUUUUGUUUAACCAAUUCUGAUGGAUUUUUUAACAAUUUUUUAUGCCAUUAACAUUUUGCUUCUACAUUUGUUCAUUGUUUAAGCAAAAGUAAUAAAACACGUGCGUUUUGAUUGGUUCUUA